CUUGCUUUAUUAGGCAAAUUCGCUUUUCGUUGUCUUUUUUGAUAAAACAGCCAAACCAUUCCAUUUCAUUUUCCUCUCCACUUGAAGUCUUUGUAAGAUCAGCUCCGUUUAUAAAUACCCAUCGUUAUGAAUGUCGCUGGCGCUUCCGUUUCCGAAGCUCUUCUUGGAGCUCAUGAAACGAGAGAUAUAGUCUUACCUAAUCAGAAUGAACAUGUGUCGCAAAUUGCAGUCGAUAUUGGCGGAUCGCUGGCGAAAAUCGUAUACUUUACUUCAUCCGCUGACCGAAAAGGCGGGCGUCUUCAUUUCAAAAAGUUUGAAACCGAGAAGAUCGAUGAAUGCUUAGAUUUCGUGGCCGAGCUGAUGAAGGAUUCCCGCAAAUUGCUUAAACCGGGACUACAGCCUGUGCUGAAGGCUACGGGUGGUGGCGCUUACAUGUAUCAGGCAAAGCUUGCCGAGCGACUGCCCAACGUUAUUGUUCAAAAGGAAGACGAAAUGGAAUGUCUGAUUACGGGUUUGAAUUUCUUUAUUACGGAGAUUCCUUAUGAGGCAUUUACGUAUUCCGAGCAGGAAGGCGAUGCCAUGCGGUUUGAAGAAAAAACAAAAGAUAUAUACCCAUACAUGCUGGUCAAUAUCGGUUCCGGUGUUAGCAUUCUCAAAGUGACGGGACCCGACGAGUUUUCUCGUAUCAGUGGUACUUCGCUUGGUGGUGGUACACUGUGGGGAUUGAUGUCCUUGCUGACCCACGCACAAUCAUUCGAUGAAAUGCUGGAAAUGUCGGUCGACGGUGAUAACCGAAAUGUGGAUUUGUUGGUGGGCGACAUUUACGGCACCGAUUAUACAAAGCUUGGGUUGAAAGCGUCCCGAAUUGCGUCAAGUUUCGGCAAAGUGUUUAAGAAAGGAGUAAAACAGUCGCAAGACAGCUUUCAAUCGGCGGAUAUAGCCAAGAGUCUAUUGUUCAUGGUGAGCAAUAAUAUUGGCCAGAUUGCCUAUCUGAAUGCGCAGGAACAUGGUCUGAAGCGUAUCUAUUUCGGCGGUUGUUUCAUUCGAGGUCAUCCUAUUACGAUGAACACGUUGUCAUAUGCCAUCAACUUUUGGUCCAAAGGAGAAAUGAAGGCUCUAUUUUUACGGCAUGAAGGUCACUUGGGCGCGACAGGAGCUUUCCUCAAGCACACUCCUAUUCGCAAAGCGAGACAUUCGUUCUCUUAUACGGAGAACUUUAAACCCGACAUUACCGAAACACCCAGUCGUGUUUACGGUGUGCUAGAAAAGACAAACGUAGAACUUCACUCUGAAAAUCAAAUCGAAGACUAAUGAUUUCUCGGAGGUGGUAAAUUAAAAGAACAAUGACCUGUAAUAUACUGUUUAUUUCAAAAGUCACCGUAGGAAUUUGAAAAUUUCUAUUUCCAAAAAGAAAAGGAAAAUGCAAUGAUGUGUUUG